AUGUUGGGUUUCAAGGGUGUUUGUGUGUUGGGCCUAUUGGUCCACGCUGUUGUUGGACAGGAUGCUGUUACGGCGAGUGGAACGAACUUUACGCUGACGGCGGAUGGCAUGUCGUACCUUUUCCAUGUGGAUACACAGUCUGGAGAUCUCAGAUCAGAUCAUUUUGGUGGUCCGGCAACGGAUUUCACGCCUCCUGCUCGUAUCUCCUCUAGCGGAUGGGUUGCUGGAGUCGGCAAUGCUCGUCGCGAGUUUCCUGAUAUUGGUCGUGGCGACUUUCGCUUGCCUGCUAUCCAUAUUCAGCAUGCGGAUGGCGACACUGUAACGGCUCUCCGGUACCAAUCUCACGACAUUUCGCAGGGCAAACCUUCGUUACCAGGGCUUCCAGCGACGUAUGGAGAAGCUGGCGAUGUCACUACCGUGACUGUACAUCUGUACGAUAAUGUGUCUGAUGUUUCGGCCGCACUUUUGUACUCGAUUUUCCCAAAGUACAACGCUAUUGCACGUAGCUUUACCAUUACAAACAAUGGAACUGCAAAUAUCUCGAUUGAGAGGGCAGUGAGCUUCAGUACCGACUUUCCCAAUGUCGAGUUGGAAAUGAUUGAGCCUCAUGGCGAUUGGUCUCAUGAGUUCCAGACAGUACGGAGACCAAUUGACUAUGGCGAGACUACAUUCCGGAGCACUGCUGGAUACGCAUCGCAUCUGCACAAUCCUUUCUUCUCACUUGUAUCACCCACUACCACUGAGUCGACUGGAGAGGCAUGGGGAUUUAGCUUGAUUUGGACUGGCAGCUUCGCCGCGACAGCUCAGCGCUUCUCCAACGGUUACGUACGUGUGCUUAUGGGCCUCAACCCAAUCCAUGCAAGCAUUCCUGUUGGACCGGGUGAAACUUUUCAGUCUCCCGAGGCCGUUGGUGUCUACUCGUCAGAAGGUGUAGGAGGCAUGUCGCGGUCUUUCCACGACCUCUACCGUAACCAUCUCUCCCGUUCGAAAUUUACGAACCAGACGCGGCCAAUUCUGCUCAACUCAUGGGAAGGUCUGCAAUUUGAUAUCAACGAGACUUCACUCGUCAGUCUUGCUGGUGAGGCAGAACAGCUCGGUAUCGAACUCUUCGUCAUGGAUGAUGGUUGGUUUGGCACCAACUACCCGCGUAACAACGACUCGCUCGGUCUUGGUGACUGGACACCCAACCCGGCCAAGUUUCCCAACGGUCUCGGUCCAUAUGUUGGCCAAGUAACCGACUACAAGGUACUGAACGAGUCAAAGCCCAUGCAGUUUGGUAUCUGGGUUGAACCAGAAAUGGUUAACCCCAACUCGACACUGUACCACGAGCAUCCUGACUGGGUCUUGUCUGCUGGAAAGCACCAAAGAAGUCUAACGCGCAACCAACUAGUUCUGAAUGUCGGACUGCCAGAAGUACAAGACUUCAUCAUCAACACCGUUUCCAACAUCCUCGACUCAGGAAACAUUACCUACGUCAAGUGGGAUAACAACCGCGGAAUUCACGAGAUGUCGCACCCAUCCGACGACUACAAAUACAUUCUCGGCCUCUACCGCGUCAUCGACAAUCUCACCACCAGCUACCCUGAUGUCCUCUUCGAAGGCUGCGCCUCAGGCGGCGGCCGCUUCGACCCAGGUCUCCUCCACUACUGGCCUCAAUCCUGGACCUCAGACAACACAGACAGUUCUGACCGUCUCACUAUCCAAAUGGGCACAUCCCUCGUGUACCCGCCCUCGGCAAUGGGCUGCCACAUCUCCGCCGUCCCCAACCACCUCACCAACCGCAACAUCAGCUUCGAAUACCGCGGUCACGUAGCCAUGAUGUGCGGCUCCUUCGGCCUUGAACUCAACCCUUCGGAGCUCUCCGCCGAAGAAGCCUCCGCCGUCCCCGCCAUCAUGGCCGCCGCAAAAGAGGUAAACCCCAUCGUCAUUUCAGGUGACUUCUACCGCCUCGCACACCCCGCACAGUCGAAUUGGCCCGCAGUACAGUUUGUGAGCCCGGAUGGCGCGAAGAGCAUCGUCUUUGCGUUCCAACAGGCUAUGAAGAUUAAACCCGCUGCUCCCCCCGUUAGGCUGCAGGGUCUGGAUCCCAAGGCGAGGUAUAGGAAUGAUUUGGAUAAUGGGACGUAUAGUGGGGCGACGUAUAUGAAUGGGGGUAUUAAUGUGAGGUGGGACCCAAUGGAUUAUCAGAGUAAGUUGAUUUGGUUGGAGAGGGUGUGA